AAGACAGCGGCAGCAGGGACGCGAGGAGAAGAGAGGAGUUCUAUUAACAAAAAAGAAAAAGCAUAUUAAAAAAAAGGAAGGAAUACUGAGAGGUGGACGGAAUAUAACUUUUAGAUUUUUUGAUAUUUUUUUUGUUAAUUUAAAUAAUUUUUCUACUUAAAGCUACUGGAAGCCAUGAGGAUUUUCGCUGUUGCGCUGUUGCUGGCUCACGCGUUGGUGAUGUCCAGACUGGCCAGCGGUGCUGCAGUAGACCGUUACCAGAGCAACAAGCAGCAGCACACCUCUGUUAUCAGCCUCCUGGACACAACCAGAGACAGGAGAGCAGAGGAGGAGGAGAACCGGGGCGUGAGGGCGACAACCGCAGAUUACAGCAAGGAUGGCGAGGCGGAGGAGUACGAUGAUGACUACUACUAUUAUGAAGAGUAUGAAGAUGGCACAUCUGGAGACUAUGAACUGCAACUGCCAAGAGUUGCCAUGUCAAGCAAACCCAAAGAUCCUUCUACCAUCCUGGAAGCUGAAAACACUGAGGGAAAAACAACGAGAGGAAAGGGAAAGAAGAGGGGAAAAGGAAAAGGAAGGAAGAGGAAUCCUUGCCUGAAGAAGUACAAAGAUUACUGCAUUCACGGGACCUGCACUUACCUGAAAGACCUCCGUGAACCAUCAUGCGUGUGCCACCAUAAUUACUCCGGCGAUAGGUGUCAGUUUAUCCUGCUGCCAUCGCAGUCCCGAGAGGGCUACGACCGCACCACAGCUCUGGCGGUGGUGGCGGUGGUGCUGUCGUCUCUGUGCCUCACCAUCAUCGGACUUUUGUUAAUGCUCAGGCAAAGAUGUAGAAAUUCUACCUCAGCUGAAAAUGAAAAGUGAACAGCAACAGGAGGUCCCGGAGGAAAAGAAAAGGAAAAUAAAUUGAACGUACGCAAAGAAGAGAACAGAAGGACGUCUGCCCAAUGUUCUGCUGGCCGUUCAAAUAAAGAGUGGGCACGUGAAUGUAUUCCUGAUGGCUUCAGAAGAAGAAACUCCCGGUCUGGAACUGGAAUAUUAAACCGCUCAGAGGAGGUGUGUCGAGAAUCAGGCGACGAGGAACGGGAAGAAGGAGGAAUGCGUCUUGACUCUGUCUCUGAAAUUAUUUGAGAUUUUUAACAACAAUCAGAGCUCAAUCUGGAUUCUCUUUCUCUCAAAAGACAACAUUUUGUAUUUUCCUGCUCAAUGCCGUCAUGUGUUUUUUUUUGUU